ACGCCCUUGGCCAUUACGCCUUUACAGUCAAAGAUAAACGAAGAGGCAGAAUAUCUAUUCAGCUAGUAUCAACGUUUUAUUCUUAGUAAUGAGUUAUCCGGGAUAUGGUGCGCCCCAGGGUGGAUAUGCAGGAGGGUAUGGCGGUGCCCCUGCAGGUGGUCCUGGUUUCGGAGGAUUCCCUGGUCAGCAGCAGGAUCCUCUCUAUGGAUAUUUUACCGCUGUUGCUGGCCAGGAUGGACAGAUAUCAGCAGAGGAGCUCCAGCAAUGCCUCACACAGGCUAACUUCUCCGGUGGCUACAAACCGUUUAACCUGGAGACCUGCAGACUAAUGAUCAACAUGCUGGACCGAGACAUGUCCUGUACUAUGGGCUUCAAUGAAUUCAAGGAGCUAUGGGCCGUGCUCAACGGCUGGAAGCAGCACUUCAUGUCCAUUGACCGCGACCAAAGUGGGACCGUGGAUUCUCAAGAGAUGCAGCAGGCUGUCAAUUCCAUGGGCUACAGGCUCAGCCCACAAACCAUGACCUGCAUCGUCAAGAGAUUCAGUUCUCAGGGGAAGAUCACCUUUGAUGACUAUGUUGCUUGUUGUGUGAAACUCAGGACUUUGACUGGUUUGUUCAGAAAGCGGGACCAAGCUGGACAGGGAAUGGCUGCAUUUGCAUAUGAUGAUUUCAUCCAGUGCACAAUGAGUACAUAAGAGAUGAAGCAGAAUAAACAAGGGCAAUUACCACUUUCAACUCAUUCCAUAACUUUGACAAUUUAGCAUGUGCUUUGUUUUCUUUGAGGUGGGAAUGAAAUUGCACACUUUUUGUACUGAAAUUCCAAAAAUGAAUUUACAGUGAAGGAUGUUCCUUUAAUAACAUUUAUAGAAAACUAGAAUAUUAGCUUUAGCUACUGUGCCUAUAAACCUCCAAAUGCCUAAUGAUUGGUUGUAUUCCUAUAUUGUUUCAUGUAGUUUUGCAUUGUGAAGAAUCUUCCACAUACUAAUAAUGUACAUACUAAGAUGAAUAAAACUUGUUAU